AUCAGGAUUUACUUCCCUUUCCUACUGCUCAUUGCUUUUCUGUGGCUUCUGCAUAAAUAGCACUUUGGUUUUGCGUCAAGUCUUUGUGCUUUUCCGUUCCACUAACAAAACUGAAAGUUGUGAGCAACAGCGAGCAGAAGACACAAAUACUGAACACACCAGAAGGCACACAAGCUGAGAAAGACGAAGAACCCUGCUCUAGACUAUGAAUAUUUCUGAGAUGGCUCUAGACCACAACUUCACUAACAGCUCCUUCAACUGUACGAUUGACGGCUUCAAGCAAGUCAUUUAUCCCAUCAUGUAUCUUUUUAUCUUCGUCUUUGGUGCUGUUGGAAAUGGCCUCUCCAUUUAUGUUUUCCUCCAGCCUUCUCAGAGGAAGACCUCAGUAAACCUUUACAUGCAGAACUUGGCUGUUUCAGAUCUCAUGUUUGUGAGUACUUUGCCCUUUCGGGCCACAUAUUUCCUGAUGGGAUCACGUUGGAUAUUUGGUGAUACCAUCUGCAGGAUCAUGACUUACACCUUGUACGUGAACAUGUACUGCAGCAUUUAUUUUCUCACUGUGCUCAGUGUGGUUCGUUUCAUAGCCAUCGUCUAUCCCUUCAAACAUGGUAAAGUAACCAACAUAAAGUAUUCCAGGAUAAUAUGUGCCAUCAUAUGGGUCUUUGUGCUGACUGCCUCCAGCCCUCUCUUUAGCAAAGAAAUUGCUGGAUACAGCAACCCAGCCAAGUGCUUGGACCUCCACCCCUCCAACACACACAGGCUCUUCAUAAUGAACAGCUUUGUCCUCGUUGUGGGCUUCAUCCUGCCAUUUUGCACAAUUAUUGUCUGCUACUUCUUUGCAAUCAAAGCGUUGCUCAAGUCCAAGAAUCCUCAGCACAAGAAGGCGGUCUCUCACAAGAAGGCACUGUUAACCAUCAUCAUCACUCUCAUCCUCUUCCUCCUCUGUUUCCUGCCCUAUCACAUACUGCGAACUGUCCACCUGAUGCACAGCAGCUGCAGCCAGGUCAACAUGCCCAUUCACAAAGCACUGGUGGUCACUCUCUGCCUUGCUGCCAUGAACAGCUGCCUCGAUCCCAUCCUCUACUACUUUGCUGCUGAAAACUUCAAAGCGAGAAUCAGAAGUUUGUACCGCAGAGGAGGGUCGUGCAUCUGCUCUUUGUCAUCUCUAGGGCAACACCUACGCUGCUGGAUAAAGAUGAGGACAAGCAGCCUGGACCAGCUCACACCCACGCUGUCGUGUAGAAACACCCUGGAGGAAACCAGCUGGAGCCCUCCAAAAUGGAGUUGGGAGUGAAAUAACAGGCUUGUAGAGAAGCGGAUAAUCAGCUUCUGG